ACUCAGGUUCAGUUAUUGAGUGAAAACACCAACAGACUCAGACAUUUAGAACAAACUAAGAGUCAGAUCAGCAGAAACAGAGAACACGGACAUGUCUGCUGUAACUGCGUCACUCUGCUCCACGCUGAUGUUUGUCCUGUUCGUCUCUGCAGACCCAAAGAUCAUCACAGCUGAGUCUGGACAGGACGUCACUCUGACAUGUCGAGCUGCAAACAACAACAUCACAGUUUUAGAGUGGAGCAGAGCUGACCUGGGAGAUAAAAAUGUCCUUGUGUACCGGGAUGGUCAAUUUACUCCAGAUGACCAGCAUCCAUCUUUUAAGAACCGGGUGGAUCUGCAGGACAGACAGAUGAAGGAUGGAGACGUGUCUUUGAUUCUGAAGAAUGUGACGAUUAAUGACACUGGAAUAUACAAGUGUGGUGUUGGUAAGAAACAACCAAACCAAACAAAUGUGGAUUUGAAGCUCAUCAACAUCAUCACACUGAAAGUUGUUCCUCCAGGGAAGGAGGAUGGAUCUGUUUGGCUGAUCGUUGGUCUUCCUGUACUUGUUCUUGUACCUUCUGUUGUUUUUUUGCUGUUCCUGUUGUGGUUCUUGUUGCAGUUGGUGUUUGUGCACCUUCCUGCUGAUCCACAUGUAGCAGAGCAUCUUCAGCCUCCACAGCAUGAAU